UUCAGAUCUGGACUCAGAAAUCUAAGAAUUAUAUGUAAACAGCGUCAAGAAGGCUGAGUCAGCACCUGAAGAAUAUGGAGUGUUGCGUGAGCUCUAGUUUAUAGACCCAACACCCACACUUGCUUGUUCGGUGAGGCCAUUUGACUUCUUUCUAAUACUCUCCCUGGAGAAUCGAGAUUGCUAGUUGCUCUAUAUCCACAAAUCCCCUUUUUUCACUUGUAGAUAACCACACAUUAUCUUAAGGUUCUACAGUUUUUGUGUUGCUUUUGCUUUCAGUAACUGCCAAGUUUUGCCCAUAAAGCUUAGCUUUUCCUUUUAUAGGUAUUGAAAUAAUAAAUGCUCUGCACAGAUGACCUAAAAAGAACCUAGUGAUGACCGUUCCUUAUGUACCCUUCUUUCUCCCUCAUUGCUUUUGUCACACUGUGGUGAAGUAUGAAGAGAGGGACACAAUCAGCUCCUUCAUAUGUGGCACGUUAAGUGUUUAUCUUCAUCCAGUUAUCACACAGAAAGUGGACAAUACACCUAUCUCUGCAAGCACUCUGAAAGAAAUUGAAUCUUUCGAUCCUUUAUAUAAUGGUAGAGUAAAUAUCAUAGGAUCCAAUUUAUCUUAUGACUGUGCCAUUGAAAAUCCAAUGCUGAAGGAAUAAUGGACAGGGAGAUGGACAAUGAAAGAUAGGUUUCCUGGGGCUGUCUGUGUAUAUGUGCUAGGAAAAUAUCAGUCCUACAAUGAAGAUAUCAUAGUCACUUGGUCCAGAGGGGAAAGUGGUAUUUCUAGCAUCCUGGAUUACUUUCUGAGCUCCCCACAGAAUACAAUUAUCAAUGAACCCCGACUUUCAUGGAAUGAAUAGCUAAUAAACUAGGGAGACUUUUUUUUUUUUGCUUUGAGGAAGCUUAGUCCCUCAGACAAUGAAGAAUAUUUAUGCAAUAUUUCUUCAAGCAAAUAUGCUGUGCUCACUUUCCAAACACUGCAUAUAGGUAAGUUAUCAGUAUAAGUAGGGUUGGAUAAUGGGUUUAGGCUAGAGCAGCAAAAAUUGUGAAUUGCAAACAGGGAAAUCAGGUUGGCAUUUAAAGAAUACCUUUGAUUGGUAUUUCUGAAAAUGUUUUUUUCCUACAGGGAUAUUUCCGGUCAAGAUGGCAAACAACCUCCUUACUUCAACCACACAAAAGUCCUGCAUUGAAAAAAAAUCUCCCAUAAGAUUUCCUUUUUAGGGUUUCAGGGCUUCAGAAAUUAAGAGGGAACAUACAUGUUUUGUGCCUCUGUGAGCUGAGCAUCUUGAAAUCCUGUUUGCCACUGUCCGUACGAUGUGUCUCAGGGUCCAGGAUGUGCAGAGCUAAGGCUGUAGGCACAGUGGG